AUGUCAUGGUCAACAGCAUUGCGAGCUUAUGCUACGAAGAAGGACCCCAGCACCUUGCCUUCAACUGUACUUUUCUCCCACACGAGUUCCACGAUCACAAUAUUCGACGCUUACCCGAAAGCCAUCUUUCACUUUCUAAUUCUUCCGCGACCCUCUCAGCGGCUGUCUGUUCUGGAUCUUGCCAACCUUCGCUCUCUUAUCAGAAAGGAUAACGAGUUAGCUCUUGUGGUGGUAAAAGAGCUACAGGCUGAAGCUGUAAAGCUCAAGGGUGAGAUACACGUGGAGAUGCUAGAACGUUACGGGUUCACAUGGCCUAUACACUGCGGCUUCCACGCUGUACCUUCGAUGGAACAUCUCCAUCUACACGUCAUCUCUGCUGAUUUGACGUCCCCGUCUUUAAAGAAUAAGAAGCAUUACAACUCUUUCAAGCCUGGACAUGGAUUCUUCUUGCCCAUAGAGGACGUUCUCGGAUGGUUCGAAGGGUCUCAUGAGCAUCUAACCAGCAUGUCUGCUCUCAAUAGGAACCAGUACGAGGUCUUAUUGAAGGAGGAUCUCAGUUGCCACCUUUGCGAUCGGAGCUUCAAGAACAUGCCGCAACUCAAAAGUCACCUGCAGGAAGAGUGGGAUGCAUUGCGACAACGCGGGGCCCGCAAACGACGUAAAUCGCCAGACGAAUCAGAGCAGGACGCGCCUGACGCACAACCUGCGGCAAAGAAGCGCGCCAUCAGCCGCGAGUCCAGUAUCGAGGCUGAGCUUCAGAUACAAAAAUGA